AUGAUGAGAGAGGCAGGGAAAGAAUCAGACAUAGACAAACUGACUGGUAGAAGAGAUGACAUCUCACUGCAAGGCAUGGCAACUACUGCUGCAGCUGCAAAAGAAGCAGGAGAAGAAGAAGAAGAUAUGAAAAUGAGAGCAGUGCUCUCGCAGCUCAGUGACAUCACUGUCUUCACCUUUAACCUGGCUUUCUUAACAGUCAUGGAGGCUGCAGCUGCAUCAUGA